AUGAUAACCCAACAUCUAGUGAUUCAAGUCUUAUUAUUUACCGCAUUUAGUAAGUUAAUUUGUGCCCAUUCUCAUAUCAAUGGAGAUAUCAAUUCUGCUAUUAAUAGUAGUUCUAAAUUAGGUAAAAUAGUUAUUAUGCUAGUUGGUAUAGUCUGGAUGGGUAAGGUUUUGGUCAAACUAGCAUUUUUCAUUCUCUACCAUCUACUUAGUCUAGUUAUUAAGCUGAUUUUCAAUCUACUUACUUCGUUACUCUUUAGUCUACCUCUUAAGUAUCUUAUUUCCGGCUCUAUCUUUACUCUAAUACUUGUUGCGAUUCCAACUCUUCCUUCUAUUAUAGCCUGGUACCGCAUUGAGUCGCAAAAACUCCUAGCUGCCACCGCCAACACCCAACCCAGUAGCAAGUCCAUUAACUUCUCCCAUCUCUUCCAGCCAGAUCCACCAGCCUACUCUAUUCCCCACCAACUUGAUUCUAGCCCUCUCCUUUCCAAUUCCAUCUCUACCACCACCACCACCACCAUUUCAACCUCAUCUCAAUCCACAAUCACUACUUCCAAGCCAAAUUCAAAUGCAAACCCAAAUCCAGCUCAACCCAGUACUAACAAUUUCCUUCAAGCGCUCAGUCGAAUCCAUCUCAUCAUCCAAAGCAUUUUAGUCCUCUACCUCCGUAAGAAAGUUGUCCAACCUCUUCGAUACAUCCUUUCCCCAGCCUCACCUAUUGCUACUUUAAUUCAACACACAACUAUUCUCUAUCAGAUUAUUUACUGCCAGCUACUCUUCUACUAUCAAUAUACCACCACUAUCAUUAGUCAACAGAUCCUAAGCAGAUUCAAAACCAACCCAAUCCGAUUUCUAACCAACUCAAUCUCUAUCAAACCCAAGCAUCAACCCAAUGAAUAA